AACUAAGCCAUUACACUUCGCGCCAAAUCUGUCUCCAGUUAUAAUCUCGACUGUAAAAGUGCUCGUCGAUUUUGUCAUUGAAAAUAAAUUUUUUGAUUAAAAAGAAACUCCAGCCACCAUGGUUCUCGAACGGUGUACACUACGCUUCGCUAAGCUAACUGAAAAUGCAUUCGCUCCGGUCAAGGGUUCAGCUUUCGCAGCUGGUUUCGAUUUGCGAAGCGCUUACGAAUACAAAAUUCCAGCCCGUGGCAAGCAAGUCGUUCUGACCGAUAUUCAAAUCGAACUCCCAGCUGGUUGUUAUGGUCGCGUUGCACCGCGUUCCGGUCUAGCCGCAAAGAAUUUCAUCGACGUUGGUGCUGGUGUAAUUGACGAGGAUUAUCGCGGCAACGUCGGAGUGGUGAUGUUCAACCAUGCCGAACAGGAGUUCGAAGUGAAGAAAGGUGAUCGCAUCGCUCAGUUGAUUUGUGAACGGAUUUUCUAUCCCGAUAUUCAAGAAGUUGAAACGCUAUCGAUGACGGAACGAGGAACUGGUGGUUUCGGUUCAACUGGAACGAAAUAGAUGAAUGUAAAGUGUUCUGAGUGUUCCUAUAUCGCAUGAAGUUCUGGAUGAAGUUUGAUCUCUGAUUUUUGUUUAAUAAAUUUUUAAGUGCCAAAAG